AUGGGAAAGUACAAAGUGCUUAGUGAACUAAAACGUAAACGUAAGAAGCAAAGUGUUACUAAUGACUCGGAAGUGAUACCAAAAAAAGAAUUGACCUCAUUGCAAGAAAAAAAUUUAAUUAAUAAUAAUAAUGAAGUAAACUUAACGUCAUGCGACAGUGAUUUGGUACAAUAUAAAAAAAACAGUAAUUUUGUGCAAAAAGAAGAUCUUAGUGAUUAUGAAGAAAAUGAAGGAACUAUUGCGAAAUUAAGAAAUUGGUCAAUUAAGCAUAAUAUUGAUCGAAAUGCAGUUUCUGGUCUCCUCCACAUAUUAAAAAAUGAUCGAUAUCCGGAAAUGCCUCUAUCAUAUAAAACUUUACUGAAAACUCCUAGAAAAACAUCGAUUUUUGACGUUAAUCCUGGUAAAUUUGUUUAUUUCGGAAUUAAAAAAUUCUUGCUUAGUGCAUUAGAAAAUACAAAAGAUACAGUUGAAACCGUUAAACUUGACUUAAAUAUUGACGGCUGUCCAGUUUUUGAUAAUAGCAAAGAAAUAGGCACUCUUUGGCCAAUUCUCUGUAGAUUCCAAAACUUAAACUCGGAAGUUUUUCCAAUUGGAAUGUACUGUGGCAAGAGCAAACCAAAUGAUUUCAAUGAAUUAUUAAGACCCUUUGUUGAAGAAUUUCUAAUUCUUCAAGAUAAUUUUGAAUUUAAUGGAAAAAGUGUAAAAUUAAUUAUUCGAUCGUUUAACCUAGAUGCUCCAGCAAGAGCAUCAGUUUGUGGUAUAGUUGGACAUAAUAGCUUUGCUGGAUGCCCGAAAUGCAUAGUUCAAGGACAGAGAGUUAAAAAUCGAACUGUUUUUCUUAACCAUUUCCAUAAUUCAAGAACAAAUGUGACUUUCCGACAAAAAGUCCAUCCCGAGCAUCACAAAACUGAGAGUAUUUUAGAAAAUAUACAAAAUCUUGAUAUGGUAGAGGCAUUUCCAAUUGAUUAUUUACACAACAUUUUACUUGGAAUUGUAAGAAGAAUGUUGGACAUAUUAUUUGGCAUCAAAGGUCUUUAUGCCUGUAAUACAAAAACAAAUAUUAAUAGUUUAAUCGAAAAAGCUAUUGCAAAGCAACCGUCAGAUUUUCACAGAGACCUUAGAAAUAUCGAGAAAUAUAAAAUGUGGAAAGGAACAGAAUUGAGAACAUUUUUAAUGUUUAUUGGACCUGUCGUCCUUUUUUCAACCAUUUCUAAGGAACAUUAUAGAAUCUUUAUGAUUCUUCAUACUGCAUUUGCAAUUUUAAAAGACAAACAGUUUUGUCGUGAAUUCAAUUCUAUUGCAAAAAAAUUACUGCUUCAUUUUGUAGAUGAAUUUGAGUCGUGCUACGGAUCUGAAUAUAUAACGUAUAAUUUUCAUUUGGCUACUCACUUAAGUCAAGAUUGCUUAAUUUUUGGACACUUAGACAAUUUCUCUUGCUUUGCUUUCGAAUCUUACAUAGGUAAAAUUAAAACUUAUGUAAAAAGUCCAUAUCGUCCAUUAGAACAAAUUUCAAAUAGAUUAAUUGAAAAUUUUGAAGUCUCUGGCUUGAAAUGUAAAGGAAAUUAUACAAUUGUAAAGAGUGUAAUGAGUUUUGCGAUAGUAGAAUUUAUCACUGACAAUACUUGCUCUGUGGUUCAACAAUCAUGGCUUGAUGAAACAAAAAAAAAGUGCCGUUUCCCUCCCAAUAAGCAUUUUUCCAAGUCCAUUCAGAAAGUCAUCAAUCCAGAAAAAGUCGCAACUUGGAAAAUUUAUGAUGUAAACAUCAUUCAUGAAAAUAUAAAUGAAUAUGAAGAAGCUAAUGAAUUAGCAAAAUAUACAUCUGAGUUUGGUGAUACGGAAGGAGAACUUACAGUUAAAAUAGAAAAAGAGAACAAAAGAAAGAGAGCUAUUUUCGGUGAAACUUUGGAUUUAAGAGCAGAAAUGAAAAAAGCUAAGGGAGAUGUGGCAAACUCAUCAAAUUUUUCACAGCAACAGAAUAUUGACGAUGACACAAUUAUCAACGACCUUAAGCAAAGUGACGAUUUUUUGAUUGAAUCCUUUCCAUAUGAUGGAAUAGAAAAUGAAUUUAUUCCUAAUCCAAUCGAACGUUUGGAAAUAGAUCAAGAUUCCUUUAUUAUUAUGGAAGUGCGAAAAUUAAUUAAUGAGGCAAAAGUAGAAAUAUUUCAAAAAAUUGAUGAGGUCUUGGACGAAGUUAGAAUCAUUAAUAUGCGGCUUGGACAUUCUCCACUAAAAAAAUUCGAAAAAAUAAAAAGUACAAAAGCUUUUAACUCUUUUAUUGAGGUGAUGAAAGUUGAACAGAAAAAAAUUAAAAUGAUACAGGAGCUCAAAUGCUUGCAAGAUACAACAAAUAGUAAAAACACAAAACAUGGGAAAAUUGCCACGUUAAUCGAAUAUAUGUUCACUCCGAAGUUUAUAAUUAAGCGGCUUAAAUGGGGAGAAAUGAAUGGACAACAGCCAUCCGAUCGGACAUUUUACUUAGUCAACUACCCAAUAUUCAUCGAAUUCGGCAGGGCUUUGUUAGAAACUGCAACACCUAAGGAAAUUCGCACUUCUUUCCAGGUGUAUUUUAAGCAUCGUGCUAAAAAAUUAGCAGUUUAAUAAUUCAUUAGAGAAGAGUUUUAAGAGAAAACAAAGAAAAUUGAGUAAUUCAUUAAAGAUUUUAUUGAUUAUCAUUAAGCAAAAAAUGAAAAACGAAUUAAG